AUGGCUGACGAAGAGGACACGCUUGAGCCGGUCAUUAUCGAGGGUUGGAGCAUUGUGCGCCAUGGAAAGGUGGAGAAGGAGACGAGGAAGCUCCACGUGACGACUACCAUCACCUCUCCACCACUCGCUCUCGGCGUACUCCCGCAGGCAGACACUCAUGAGGCGGACAACGAGCUGGUUCUGGUGUUGAAAGAGUCGACGGACGUUGGAACGGGCGGAUGGGUGUGGCAGGGCGCCAUGAUCACCGCCAACUUUGUCACCGAUCCGGCAUCGUUUGCUACAGGCACCUGGAUGGGCAAGUCAGUCCUCGAGCUUGGCGCAGGCAUCGGCCACACUGCGCUUGUCCUGGCAUCGCUCGGCGCUGCUGUGGUGGCUACCGAUCAAGCUCUUGUCGUGCCGCUCCUCGCCGCUAAUCUGGCCGCCAACGAGAAGACUGUCGCGGCGCAUGGUGGAUCUGCCGCCGCCGCCGAGCUCGAGUGGGCGCCUGAUGUGGCCGUUGACCCCGCAGUCGUCGCCAGCGCGGGCCUUGCCGCCGACGACAGUUUUGACUACAUCGUCGCUUGCGACUGCCUCAAGUGCAAUGAGUUUGUCGAGCCGCUUGCCGCCACACUCCGGGCUUACGCCGCCAGCUCGGCCACAACCAUCCUUUUCUCUUACGAAGAGCGCGGCCUUUGCGCCCUCGACACCUUUUACGCAGCGACCGCCGGCCAGGGCGAUUUUGAAUGGACAGAACUCGUUGGCUCAUCCGUCGGAGGCGGCCUCGCUUCGGGCGAUCGCGCCAUCUGGUCCAUGCGCCGGUGCCUACAUGCCAAGGCUUCCACGCCACUCACACUCGCUCCCCGCGCCGGCACUGCAGUGGACUCGUUCUCAAACUACUCGGAGGACAACUGGGAGCCGUCGGCUUACUCUGACGACGGCGCAGCAUCGUGGGCAUCGCCGGCGCCGAAGAAGGCGCCAGUCAAGAAGGCAGCCAAGAAGGCGGGCAAGAAGGCAGCCAAGAAGGCGCCGCUGGGCGAGGUUGACACCAACGUGGUCGCUGCUAGCGGCGACGAGAUCGCGGCUGCAAAGGCUGGCGGCAAUGAGGCCGACGACAACACGGCUGGUGGCGAGAAGCCCUCGGUGGAGGACACGUACUCGCGGAUGACGCAGCUGCAGCACGUGCUCCAUCGUCCGGACACGUACGUCGGCUCGACGCAGCACACGACGGUGCGGACGUACACGCUGGUGGCCAAGAACGACGACGAUGACGCAGGUGCAACGUCUGGUGAGUCGACGUCGACGACGUCGUCGCGGGCGGGCAACGUGGCCGAGCCAAUGGUGGCCAAGGAGCGCGAGGUGACGUACGUCCCUGCGCUGUACAAGAUCUUUGAUGAGAUUCUGGUCAACGCCGCCGACAACAAGCAGCGUGACUCGACAAUGUCGAUGCUCAAGGUUGAGAUCGACCAGAUGAACAACACCAUUUCGGUGUGGAACAACGGGUCGGGCAUUCCGGUCGAGAUGCACGCCAAGGAGGGCAUGUACGUGCCGGAGCUCAUCUUUGGCCACCUCCUUACCUCGUCCAACUACAACGACUCGCAGGAGAAGGUGGUCGGCGGGCGGAACGGAUUCGGCGCCAAGCUGACAAACAUUUUCUCGACGCGGUUUGUGGUGGAGACGGCCGAUGGCUCGCGCAAGCGGCAGUUCAAGCAAGUCUUCCAUAACAACAUGUCGUCGCGCGACGAGCCGAUCAUUACCAAGUGCAAGGCGCGCGACAACUGGACCAAGAUCACGUUCACGCCGGACCUCGCCAAGUUUGGCAUGACCGAGCUCGAGGACGACGUCGUGGCCAUGAUGACCAAGCGCGUUUACGACGUGGCCGGCUGCAACGGCGGGCUCAAGGUGUACCUCAACGGCGAGAAGCUGCCGAUCAAGAACUUCUCCGACUAUGUCAACAUGUACCUCGGCGACAUGGCGGCCAAGGAGAAGGUGUACGCCAAGGUCUCUGACCGGUGGGAGGUGUGCAUUGCGCCAUCUGAGGGUGAGUUCAAGCAGGUCUCGUUUGUCAACUCGAUCUGGACGUCCAAGGGUGGCAAGCACGUCGACCACGUGGCCGACCAGGUGGUCAAGUCGCUCCGCGAGAAGCUGACCAAGGGCAAGAACAAGGUCUCGAUCCAGCCGUUCCAGAUCAAGGCCCACCUGUUUGUCUUUGUCAAGUCGCUCAUCGUCAACCCGUCGUUCGACUCGCAGACCAAGGAGGAGAUGACGACCAAGGCGUCGGCCUUUGGCUCGACGUGCAAGCUCACAGACGCCUUCCUCAAGAAAGUCCUCAAGUCGGGCAUCAAGGAGGCUGUGACGCAGUGGGCCAACUUUAAGGCCAAGCAGAAGCUCGGCAAGACCAACGGAAAGCGGACCAAGCGGGUGACGGGUGUGCCCAAGCUCGAGGACGCCAACAAGGCCGGAACCGCCAAGGGCAAGGACUGCACGCUCAUCCUCACCGAGGGAGAUUCCGCCAAGGCGCUCGCCGUGGCUGGCCUCUCGGUUGUCGGGCGCGACUUCUACGGUGUUUUCCCGCUCCGCGGCAAGCUCCUCAACGUCCGCGACGCGUCGGUCAAGCAGAUCAUGGCCAACGCCGAGAUCACGCACCUCAAGACGAUCAUGGGCCUCAAGCACGGGGUCGAGUACGACGCCGAUACCAUCAAGACCCUCCGCUACGGCUCGAUCAUGAUCAUGACGGAUCAGGAUGUGGACGGCUCGCACAUCAAGGGCCUAGUCAUCAACUUUAUCCACACCUUCUGGCCGUCGCUCCUCAAGGUUCCGGGCUUCCUCCGCGAGUUCAUCACGCCGAUUGUCAAGGCCAGCAAGGGCCGCACCUCGCACACCUUUUACACGCUCCCUGAGUACGAGACGUUCAAGGAGGAGCUUGGCGGCUCGACCAAGGGCUGGACCAUCAAGUACUACAAGGGUCUCGGUACCUCCAAGCCGAAGGAGGCCAAGGAGUACUUUUCGGACCUCCCGACCCACGUCAAGGACUUUGUCCACGAGGGCGAGGCCGCCGACACGGUCAUCGACCUUGCCUUCUCCAAGAAGAAGGUCGAGGAGCGCAAGGCGUGGCUCUCGGCCUUUGAGCCGGGCACCUUCCUCGACAUGACUGCCGAAGUCAUCCCGUACUCGGACUUUGUCAACCGCGAGCUCAUUCUCUUCUCACUGGAGGACAACCUCCGGUCGAUCCCGUCGAUGGUUGAUGGCCUCAAGCCUGGCCAGCGCAAGAUCCUGUUUGCGUGCUUCAAGCGUGACCUGCGGAAGGAGAUCAAGGUCGCCCAGCUUGCCGGCUACGUUGCCGAGCACUCGGCGUACCACCAUGGUGAGGCCUCGCUGGCGGCCACCAUUGUUGGCAUGGCGCAGGACUACACCGGGUCAAACAACAUCAACCUGCUCAUGCCCAACGGGCAGUUUGGCACCCGCCACCAGGGUGGUAAGGACGCGGCUUCCCCGCGUUACAUUUUCACGGCGCUCAACCCGAUCACCCGGUACCUCUUCCCCAAGGCCGACGACGCGCUCCUCGCCUACCAGGAGGAGGAGGGUGCGACGAUCGAGCCCGAGUACUACAUGCCGAUUCUUCCGAUGGCGCUUGUCAACGGGUGCGACGGCAUUGGCACUGGCUGGUCGACCUCGAUCCCCAACUACUCGCCGUACGACCUUGCGGCGGCCAUCCGCAAGCUCAUCGCAGAGGGUGUCGACGCCGAGCUUGAGCCGCUCGUUCCGUGGUACCGCGACUUUGGCGGCUCUAUUGAGCCGCGGUACAAGAAGGAGAAGCUCAUCGGCUACACCGUGACCGGCAUCAUCACCCAGACGUCGGAGACCACGCUUCGCAUCGACGAGCUGCCAAUCCGGUGCUGGACGCAGAGCACCAAGGACCUGCUCGAGUCGUUCAUCGACCCGCCCAAGUCAACCGGCAAGGGCAAGGCCGCCAAGGUGGAGCCGUCCAUCAAGGGCUACACCGAGUACCACACCGACACGACGGUCUCGUUUGAGAUCGAACUCACGUCGGCGCAGAUGGCGGCGGCGCUCGCGACCGGCCUCACAAAGAAGUUCAAGGUCUCGACCACCAUCUCGGUCACCAACAUGAACGUGUUUGACACCCAGACCCGGAUCCGCAAGUACAAGGACGUCCGCAACAUCAUCCGCGACUUCUUUGCGCUCCGACUCGAGUACUACAUCAAGCGCAAGGAGCACCUGACCGCCGAGCUUGACGAGGCCUGGCGCCGCCUCGACAACAAGGCACGCUUUAUUGGCGCGGUCAUCGACGGUUCGCUCGUUGUCUCGGGCGUCCGCAAGGCCGAGCUGGUGGCGACGCUUGUGGCCGAAGGCUACACGCCGUUCCCCAAAAAUGCCAAGAAGACGGCGACCGGUGACGACGGCGACGACGACGAUGACGACGACGACACCACCGUGGCUGCCGUCAAGGCCUCCGACUACAACUACCUCCUCUCCAUGCCGAUCUGGUCGCUCACGGCCGAGAAGAUGGAGGCGCUCGUGACCGAGCGCGAUUCCAAGGAGGCGGAGCUCAAGGAGCUGCUCUCCAAGCGGCCCGAGGACCUCUGGCUCUUUGACCUCGACGAGUUUGAGGCGGCCUUUGCCGACAUCACUGCGUCGCGGACCAAGGACCAGUCGUACGGGACCAAGAAGAAGGGCGGCAAGAAGAAGAAGGGUGGCAAGAAGAAGAAGGCCGAUGUCUGGGGUGACGACGAUGACGACUGGGGCGCCGACUCGGCGUCCGACGACGGCUUCCUCAAGCCGAAGGCUGUUGCAACGUCCAAGCCCAAGAAGGCGCGCUCGUCGCGCGCCCGCAAGACUUCCAAGUCGGUCACGUACACCGAGGACGACGACUCGACCGAUCUUGAGGCGGUCGACGCCGCGCCGGCCGUUCCGUCGCGCAAGCGCAAGAAGGAGGCCAAGGCUGCGGCGCCGGCGCCGGCGGCCGAGGCUGCGGCUGCUCCGGCACCUGCGGCGGUCGACAUGUCGCAGCUCUCCCUGAUGGAGCGGAUCAAGCUCCGGGUUGAGCAGGCUAAGGACGAGGCCGUGGACCCGACGCUGCCGUCGGUGACCGGCACGCCGCCGGCCAAGCGCAAGAAGGUUGUUGCGCCUGCGACCAAGAAGGCUGCGCCCAAGAAGAAGGCCGCGCCCAAGAAGAAGAAGAAGGUGGUCGAGUCCGACUCGGACGACGCGUUUGAUGACGACGUUUACUCGGGAGCCGACUCGGGCUCGGAUCCGGUGGAGAUGGUGACGCGGACGCCGCGGGCCAAGCGCUCGACCCGUGGCUCGCGGACGACCGUCUCGUAUGCUGGCUUUGAUGACGACUCGGACUCGGACUUUGCCUACUCGUAGACGCGUAGUACCAGCCUAGCCUGGCUGCGCUCCCUCGUCAGGGGGAAGUGAAGAAACCUGUAACCUG